UGGCUUGGCAUCCCAUGCCAGUUAUGCCCUUCAGGAAGUAAUAGCCUCUGUCUUUUACAUCACUUCAUCAUGACUGGCAUCCUGCUUCCAGUCCACUUUGUGGCAAUGCUGGUUGGAUUGACUCUGAAAGGCCUGGCACCAUCCCUGGCAUACAACAUCGACACCUCCCCAGCUGCCUUUUUCUCCAACAUCAGCAAGAAUUUUGGAUAUGAGGUCUUGCAGCUUGGGAAAGGCUCUAAAGCAAGCAUUAUUGUGGGAGCCCCUGGUGAGGGUGGUGAGCUGAAGUCCACAGGCAAGGUAUACCAAUGCAAAAUGCAGAGUCGGGAGUGUGAGGAUAUUCACCUGGAUGAGAACUCUGGAAUGCCCCAUCUUGGCAUGGUCCUGGAAAGCAACACAGAUGGGUCUCAGAUGAUUGCAUGUGGGUCAGGACAUGAACAGCUUUGUGACAAAAAUCUAUAUAUGAGUGGGAAAUGCUUUCUGUUUGAUGACAAAAUGAAUGAACUCAAGAAUAUAACAACUGGGUACCAAAAGUGCCUGAAAGGGAACGUGGAUCUGGUAUUUCUCUUUGAUGGGUCAGAAAGCUUGAAGGAUCAUGAAUUCAAUUCUAUUAAGAAUUUCAUGAUUGAUGUAAUGAAGAAACUACGCAACAGCAGCAUACAUUUUGCUGCUGUGCAGUUCUCAUAUGAUGUCAAACUCGAAUUUGAUUUUAAUGACUACAUCAAGAAUCCUGAUCCUGAUAUGCUCUUGGCCCAGGUGGUACACGAAAAAAGCAUUACAAACACCUUCAAAGCUGUUGAAUAUGUAGUGAAUAAUGUUUUCAUUCCUGAGCGUGGCAUGAGAAAAGGAGCAAACAAAGUAAUCAUCAUCAUCACAGAUGGAGAAGCCUCUGAUGGAAACAAUGGGAACGUAGAAGCUGCCAAGGCAAAAGGGAUCUUACGCCUCAUCAUUGGGAUAGGGCAUCGAUUUAAAACUGAAGAGUCACAAAAAACGCUUCGAAUACUUGCUUCAGAACCCACAAAUCAAUAUCUGAAGGUCCUUGCUAGUUUUGAAGAGCUCAGAGACAGCUUCAGUGAUCUCCAGUCAAAGAUCUAUACCCUUGAAGGAGGAGGCGAUGGUGACAGGAGCGACAGCAGCAUCUUCCACCUGGAGAUGUCAUCCAGUGGAUUCAGUGCAGAUAUAUCUCAGAUGGGGCUGAACCCACAGGGCCGGACAGUCCUGGGGGCUGUGGGGGCUGACAACUGGGCAGGGGGCCUGCUAGAGCAGCAGAAAGAUUUCACCAGUGAAAGAUUUAUCACCACCCCAUUGUUCAGGAAGGAGAUGGCUGGGGCCUAUUUGGGGUAUGCAUUGAAACUCCUGCAGCGUCAAUCGAGAGAGUUCUAUGCUGUUGGUGCCCCCCGAUACCAACAUGUGGGAAGGGUCCUUGUAUUUGAGGUUAAUGCCAGCACUACCAACUGGACUUUAAAGCAGGAGUUUGAAGGACAGCAGACUGGGUCCUAUUUUGGGGCUGUGCUGUGUGUCGUGGAUGUGGACAACAAUCAGGAGACAGAUCUACUCCUCGUUGGGGCCCAGAUGCAAUUUACUGAGACAGAAGGAGGCUGUGUGUAUGUGUAUGGCUGGGUGCAGGAUAAUCUCAUUCUUCAGGGGAAGCUUCAUGGGGUCUCAGGAUACCCUUUGGGCAGGUUUGGAGCUGCCAUCACAGACUUGGCAGAUAUCAAUGGGGAUGGUUGGACAGAUGUGGCUGUGGGAGCUCCCUUGGAAGAGGAGGAGAAGGGAGCCAUCUACAUCUAUAACGGCUACAAGAAAGGUCUGCAGAUGUCCUAUAGCCAGAGGAUUAAAGGAGAGGACAUUUCUCCCAGUUUGAAAUUCUUUGGAAGGUCUAUCCAUGGAAAGACAGACCUUGAUGAAGAUGGGCUCAUAGACAUCACAGUGGGAGCUUCGGGCGAGGUUAUGGUAGUCCGCUCCAGACCCAUUGUUACUGUGGCUGCACAAGUGUCUUUUCAACCUGUUCAAAUCCGAGUGGCAGAUGUAGAGUGUUUUGGGGAUGCCCAGGUCUGGCAGAAUAAAGUGCUCAACCUCAACAUUUGUUUUAACACCAGUUUGGACACCAAAAGCUACAAAGGACCUCUCUCUGCUAGCCUCCUCUUCCAUUUGGAGAUUGAUGGAAACAGGGUAAAGAACCGAGGCAUAUUUAGUAAUGGCAAGAAGGUCACAGAUGGAGUCCAUAGCAUCACACUAGGACAACUGUGCAUACCAGAAAUUAUUAACAUCACGAAUUGCAUUGAGGAUUACCUCUCACCUAUCAAGGUCAUGGUGGACUACUCCUUUGUGGAUGACAACGAACCUACCAAGGGGCACCCCAAGCCUGUUCUGAACUCCCUAAAGAACAGGACAGUGGCUGAGAUUCCUUUUCAGAAGAACUGUGGGUCAGAUGAUAUAUGUGAGGCUGACAUGAAAAUAUCGUUCCAUGAUUCUGGGUCCAAGACACUGGUUAUUUUUCCUCAACGCUAUCUGGAAGUGAACUUGGAGGUAGAAAACCAACAAGAAGAUGCCUAUUUUGUGACUCUCCAUGUGCUUCACAUACCUGGCCUCUCCUUUCGCAAAUCUUCUGUUAUCAGGCCCAAUAGUCCACAGAUCAUCGUAAGGUGUGACAGCAUGUUGCAAGGUCAGGAUGUCAAGGGCCUCUCUUGCAAUAUCAGCCAUCCAGUCUACAGAAAUAACACAAAGACUUUGAUCCAGCUCUGCUUUGAUGGCAAUACUGAAAGUCAGUGGGGAGACAACUUGGACUUGGAGGCAUAUGUCAGCAGCAACAAUGAGAAGAACGACACGCUUCACGAUAACAAGGCCAAUAUUACCAUCCCGGUCCAGUAUCCCAUCCACAUAAUUGUUAAUAGGUUAGAUACAUCUACCCAGGAUGUUAACUUCAGUUCCCUGAAUCCAAACAAUGAAACUGUGACGCACUUAUAUAAAGUAGAAAACAAAGUCAUAAAGACUUCCCCACUUCCUGAAGUGAUGGCGUUUGUGAAAGUGCCAACCACCUUUCCUGGGAGUUUGAUGUGGAAUGUGGAUAAUAUCCAAACAGAUCCCUCUGUGGUCUGUCAAGCCCUUCCACUGGGCAAUAGCAUACGGAGCCAUUCCAAGUUGGUCGAGCAAUGUGUAGCUGACCAAUACCGCAUCUUUAAAUGUGAUCUUGGACCAAUAAAUUCCUCUACAAUCAAUAUUACUGGGUUGAUGUAUUUCAAAGACAAACCUGAGCACUUCCCUCAGUCCAAGUUUUGCACAGCCUUGUGGUUAACAUUUAACACCAGAAGAUUCACAAAUGUCUACGGUCAUGAAUUUGCUCUAUUUCAGGAUACCAGGGUGGAGAUGAAUUUUGUGAUGAACAAUCUCCCAAUUAUAAUAGGCAGUGUUGUAGGAGGCUUGUUCUUGCUAUUUCUUAUUAUUGGAGUACUUUACAAGGUUGGAUUCUUCAAACGUAAUUACAAGGAGAAAAUGAACUUUCAAGAAGAACUCAUGAGGAUGUCAGAACCGGAAGACAAACAAGGGGCUGAUACAGAGAAGCAAGUCAAUUCAGAAAACGUAGAGGGGGAUAUACCAAAUGCCAAAUGUUCUACAGACUCAUUGGAUGGAGAAACUGAGCCUAAAUGAUCAGAUUCAUUUUCUUCCCAAAGAUUAUACUUGAGAUAUUUGGACUAAAUAUUCAGUAUGCAGAAAAGAACUUUUUCCAAGUCUAACAGUGAGGACUGUAAUCACUUUUCUGCCAUUUGCACAUCUGUUGUGGACAAUGGAACUGUGAUUGCACUUGUCUGUGGUGUUUCCACGGAUUUUCUUGGAAUGAUGCCUAUCAUCUGUAUAAAUGGGAGCAGCAGAUUGCAGGUACACAUGAUGAAGUAGCCAGAAACCAGGAAAUGAAAGUAGAAAUUGAAUUCA